GGCAGAUAAAGUUUGACGUUUCUGUUUCGCGUCGCCGCUACCAAGCACUGCAUCCGUAAACAAAGCCACCCGCAAACCCAAAAUAUUGUACCCCUGCGCUGAUUUUAGUUUCGUUCGAGGUUUAGUUUAGUUAGUUCGCGCUGCAGCUCCCCCAUAAACUUGGUGAAGCUUCGGUGAACGCAUGGUUAGUGCCGAAGCGAGGAGGGAAGUGCCCAGCAAGUACGGCAGAGACGUGUCGAGGGGAAUGGUUUGCCUGGUGUGUUGGUAGCUAGCUGGCGCGCUGUGCGAUUGAGAGUGCGACAAGGAACCGCCAGCAGUUAUCGUAGACGGUACGCGCUAGGAGGUGGGAGCCUUGCGGCUGCCGGUUUUCUUUUUAGGACAAACGACAUCAUCAAACCAGCUGCUGUGGGUGAACGCCUGCGCCUUCGACCUAGCCACGUAGGGAUAGCGCGGAAUGGAGGAAGAGUUCGAAGAUGAGGCGUGGAAUAACAGUGCUGGUGGGGGCAAUGCGCCCGAAGAAGAGGCGGAAAACCACGAGGAACCGUCCGAAAACCCGAAGGCGGUGGUGAGCGACUGUCUGCAGCUGUUCUCAAGCGUCGACUACAUCAUGGAGCCGGGGAUCUUUGCGCAGCUGAAGCGCUACUUUCAGGCCGGCGGCACACCGGAACAAGUGAUCAACACGCUGUCUGCCAACUACACGGCGGUGGCGCAGACGGCGAACCUGCUCGCCGAGUGGCUGAUCAUGGCGGGGGUGCGCGUGACUGACGUGCAGGCGAUGGUCGAGAACCACCUGAAGGACAUGAUACUGAAGACGUUCGAUCCGAAGAAGGCGGACAAAAUCUUCACCGAGGAGGGCGAAACGCCCGGCUGGCUGACGGAGAUGAUCGAGCACCACACGUGGCGGUCGCUCAUCUACCGGCUGGCGGAGGAGUACCCGGAGUGCCUGAUGCUUAACUUCACCAUCAAGCUGAUCUCGGACGCCGGCUUCCAGAGCGAGAUUACCUCGAUCUCGACCGCCGCCCAGCAGAUCGAGGUGUUUUCGCGCGUGCUCAAGACCGCGAUCGCCAAGUUCCUGAGCCACCCGGAGGACUGGCAGGGUGCGAUCGAGGAGGUGGCCAAGAUGGUGUGCCACGGGCAGCACACGUACGUCUACAGCCAGGUGCUGAUCCAGGUGCUGUCGCAGGAAGCGAAGGGGGGCUUUAUCAUGAAGCGGCUGUCGCAGGAAAUUACCAAAUACGCGCUGAAAAACAAUCACAACGUCACGCCGAUCACGAUGGCAUUGAACGGGUCGUCCCGGCAUCCGCAGGCCUGCGAAGCGCUCACCUCGAUGCUGUCCCGCAACACGCUCAACCCGGCCGACAUUACCGUGCUGUACCGGAACUACACCUCGCCCGAGCCGCCCCCAAUCGAUCUGAUCCGCAAUCCGCAGUUUCUCGAGCUGCUGGUCGACUCGCUGUUCAAGGUCGGCGUCAAGAUCAACCAGGAGCACAAGUCGAAGUACAUCUAUCUGCUCGGGUACGCCGCGAGCGUGUGCGAGAUACCGACGAAGAAGGGCCAGCCGAAGGGGCACCGGGUGCUGAACAAGGACGAGCUGAAGGCGACGAUCAUCGCGAUCGAGAAGGUGCACGCGAUCUGCAACGUGAGCCGCGGCUCGAGCGAGCUGAUCGCGGACAUCUCCACGCUGUACAGCUGCAUCCGCUUUCCGGUGGUCGGCGUCGGCGUGAUCCGCUGGGUCGAGAACACCGUCACCGAGCCGUCCUACUUCAAGCUGUGCACCGAGAGCUGCCCGCUCCAUCUGGCGCUGCUGGACGAGGUCGCGUGCGUGCACGCGUCCCUGCACGACCAGAUACUGCGGCUGCUGGUGCGCCUGUUCGAGUCGAAGCAGGACGAGCUGGAGAUACUGGUGCAGCUCGAGCUGAAGAAGAUGCUGCUCGACCGGAUGGUCAAUCUGCUGGCGCGCGGGUGCGUCGUGCCGGUGGUGAAGUACAUCAGCCAGUGCUGCACGCGCGGCGACACCGACAUCUCGCUCAUCCGGUACUUCGUGACGGAGGUGCUGGAGACGGUCACCCACCCGUACUCGAGCGAGUUCGUCCAGCUGUUUCUGCCGAUGGUGGAGAACGAGGAAAUUACCGGCUCGAUGCGCGGCGAGGGCGACAACGAUCCGGUGUCGGAGUUUAUUGUGCACUGCAAGGCCCACUACACGACGCUGUGAGGCGGUGGGGUUUGUUGAUCCUGGUUUCUUUUUUUUUUUUAUUUGUUCAUCCCUCUAGCGAAUGUGUUUUUGGGACACACAUACACACACAGACACACACGUGCGCAGAGCCGUUUGCAGGGUUACCUUUGCGUUUCGCGGCAAACGUGCAAAACGUGUGGAGUGGCUUUUUUUUCUUCUUAUGCCAAUCAGCCAUCAUUUCUUGUUAGUAUGUAAGCUUUAUUAUAUUCAUUUUUUUUAUAUUUUUGUGUCACAUUGCUUGCAACGCGGACAACAAAAAAAAAGGCAUGGCAGACGAUUGGAAUUUUUAGCAGUAGAAGUUUAACUCUACAGUGCUUGCAUGCCUGUGGAGACAUUCAUUAACACCGGGGCAAUGGAACAUGUUGUUUUAUUUCUACCCCCCUCCCCAUUUGUCUAGGGAUUCUUGUUCCCCAGCGCAAUCUUUGGUAGUGAUGCGAAGCGGCGUUAGUUGUAAUAUAAGUUUUACGAGCGCGUUAUGAGGGAAAGAGAGCAAAAGCCAGUUAGUGAGAGGAGUAAAUAAAAUAUUAGUAUCUUAAGAAAAACAAA